GAGGAAUCCAACUCCUGGUCCCUUUUGUUCUAUUUGCUGUUUGGUGGUGUUGUCUUUAUUAUUAGUGUUGUUACUCUUUCCUUUCUACACUAAUACUCCACAACCAUGAAGCGACCUAACCGCCCGCUCUUUUAUCUACUCAUUCUAAUCGCCUUCUCUGUUAUUACGGUUGUCUUUAUACCCAGCUUCAGCUCAUCGUCUCUACCGCCAGAUCAACCCGACAUAAUCCACACAUCUAAUGCCGAGACUUCAAAUGAAAAAUACUUGUCAUAUCUUCCUCAUGGAAAUUUUGUAGAACAGCAUGAAUCGCUUCGAAAUGCAAUUCGAAUUGCUUUUGAAACAAAUCGCACCAUAAUUGCCCCCUCUCUUCGUCUCGGAAAAGUCCACGGCUGGGCUCCAUUUUCUGUCUUGGCCAAACACUACGAGGCACAAGACAAAAAAGAGCUGCAUCGUCUGUGCACAGCUGGAGAAGGUUCCACCCAUUGGCGUACACUGUUGGAGCCUUGUGCCACCCUUAAUGACUGGACGGAGAUCAAGUGGUCUAGUUUAUUUGACUUGGAUGAACUCAACAAACGCCAUGGAAUACGCGUCAUUGAGCGCGACGGGCAUGGCUGGGGUACAGAGGAGUCUGCUCUGGGCGGACGCAUUGAUCCACUGGAUGUAAUGGUUGUGGAUACCAUGACAUUCUUCAACAACGGAACAGAAUGGGAAAUCACAGACGAAGAAGACACGGCAUCCAGCUGGCAGGCAUUAAACUGGGCACAGUCUCAUCUGAACAGCUUUCGAAAUAUUCUAAAGGGUAGCGAAGGCGUAUCAACGACAGGGAAGCCUCUUUCUAGAAUACUUCGUCAUAACAAAUUACGCGCUAUCAAUGAACGAGUCCUUCAAUUUGGCUCACUGGCAUUUGCUUUACGCUAUGAGACAUCCAGUGACAGCCGCCAGGCUACAUUGCGUCUACAGAUGUCAAAGGAUCUCUUUGUGGUACCAAAUAAAAUGCCAGUUGUUACAGCGGCAUCUGAAGAAAUCGUCAUGAAAAUGGGAGGCAAAGGCGCGUUUAGUGUUUUACAUGUAAAUCUCUCGAGUCUUGUGCAGUCUGAGUCUCGUUAUGCCGAAGACGUAAAAGCCAAAGGAUCCGAAGCAGCAGUGGAUGACGUGAUUGAGAAGCCUUUGGAAGAAAUUGUUGUCGAGAAUGAGGAAGAUUUAGAAAGACAAAACGAUGUUAGAGCAGUCAGCAAGCUGGCUUUAUUGAACGGAUUGAAUGCAGAUGCACGAAAGAGCAUGAUGGAAUCCGUUGUUCUCCAGGUUUCCGGUGACAUUCCUAUUAAUCAGGCUAUCUCCGCUGCCUUGCCAUUCAAACCUUCUCGCCUACUUAACCUCACAAAUGUCGAUGUUAUGGACCAAAGUGUCCGUGGAAGAUCAGAGCUACUAGAAGCUUGUCUUGACUAUAAGCAGAAGGUGGAUCGAUUAUAUCCCAUAUAUUAUCUGGUGAAUGACUUGCUACCUACGCCGGAAGCUUAUCCAGAUAUCUUUGGGGCUUUAAUGAAGAUGUUCCCCUGUACAUUUUCAAAAAGUGAUAUGUUCCAGAUGGGCGUCAUUAAUAUCGAAUGGACAGGAAGUCAAACAGAGUUGACAGACAAUGUUGACUAUGAAGAGCUACUUGGGCCAAUUUUAGACGUACUUAUAGCAGGAUCAGCCUACUCUUUCUUUGAAAUCCCUCAAACACCCCUCACCAGACUAAUCGGCUGGCAGCGAUAGGGCAACCAUUGCCCAUUAAUUUCUUUCCCUUAUCUCUAUAUCCUAAUCACCUUGUCUGCAUAAUAAAUAGAAAAAGAGGUACCAUAUUUCUAUUUUCAUAUAUAC